AUGAACAAUACCACAGAUUAUCAGACAGAGAGCUUAGACGAAUUGAACGAUCGAUAUGCAAGAGCAUUACUUCCGCUUACAAUAACGUUCGGCUUCUUUGCCGUUUUUGGAUUUUUCGGAAAUCUCAUAAUUCUACUCGUGUUCUCUUUGAGUCGGGAUUACAAGCGGAAUAAUUUCAAAGUGUUCGUUCUGACACUAGCUGUGAUAGAUCUGGUGAUAUGUAUAACUUUGAUACCCGCUGAGAUGGUGAAACAGAGGAAAUACUUUGAGUUUGGGGACGUGGUAACCUGCAAAGUGAAGUGUUUUUUCAACGUGUUUGGGGCAUCUUCCUCAUGUCUCGCCCUCCUGGUAAUAUCAAUAGAUAGGUUUAGAAAGGUGGUGCAGCCAUUUAAGAAACAAAUGACACCAGCCAUUGCAGUAAGAAUUUUGAUAGUGGUUGCUUGUGUAUUCCCUAUACUUUUAUCUAUACCCGGAACUAUUAUGUGUGGAAUAAAAACAACAAAUAUAACGAAUAUAUAUGGAGGGAACACGACUAUUCAUCUAUGUGAAACUGAAAAAAAGUACGAGAAAUCCAUUUGGAGGAUAAUCUAUAAAUUCACAUUCAUCAUUUUACUGGUCGGAAUUUCAGUGACGUAUAUAGUGUUGUAUACAUUUGUGAUGAGAGAAGCUGCUAAACAAAUGAAAGCGAUCUCAGAGCAGCGCACCAAUUCUUCGCCUGAAACGGUGUUUAGCACUGGAAUUUAUUUUCAAAAUACAAUUUGUAAUGAAACACCGGAGACCAACCGUAAACAAAUAGGGAUAGGUGAGAAUACUGGAAGUAACAUUUCGAACCAUACGGGGAGCAUCGAACAUAUCUGUAACAGAAAUGGUCGAACAAAGAGAACCAGGCAUUUCACAACAAAGACCAUUAUUUGUUUUUUAUUGACUAUUGUGUUUAUUGUUACGUAUGUUACGCAUAAUUUACUGACUCUUAAAGUUGGAAAAAUUGUCAAUAUGUCACCAAGUGAGUUUACGCUGUUUUCGUUUUUCUUUCGCAUAUACUUCUUAAAUCAUGUUAUUAAUCCAAUUGUGUAUGCUAUAUUUGUCAAAAGGUUUAGGAGCUCUUGUAGAAAUGUGUUUCCUAUGCUAUUGGGUGAUGUAGAGCUUAAAACAUCAUCAAGUGGGCUGAAAUACCUGGCGCUGAAUGAGCGCCAGACAAAAACGCGAACAGGGUCAAACAUAACAGAUGUACGGGAUGUUACGCCAAAAAUAUUUUCAAUACCAGAGGACAUAGAACGCUGUCCGGUUCAUGCGUACAAGCUGUAUGCAGUGCAACGACCAAUUGAUUUCUGCACAUCAGAUGACCCUUUUUACAUAGCGCCGAGAACCUCCUCACAAUCACAUGGUCAUGACCAUGAAAACUGGUUCAUGAAGAUGAAAUUGGGGGGAAAAGAAGCUGGGAGGACUUCUGAAAAAAUGGCUAGUGAUGGUGGUCUUGACAGCAACAAAAGGAUAACAAACAAACACUUGCAAAUGCUGGAAAAUGUGCAGCCGACCUCUUCAACGACCGUUAAUUCCAUUUGA